GGCCACUCUCCAGUUGAUUCGAAUGGAAGAUCAAAUUAGCAGCACAGAAAGCACAUUUAUUGCUAGAAAAAACGCAAUUAAAAUGAUGACGAAGAGAGGAUAUGUUUUGCGAAUGACGGACGAUAUGACAAAGUACGAUGCUUUUCUUUCCAGAUUCGGUAAUGAGCCUGAUUACGAGAGCCUUUCCGUGAUUGGAAAACGAUUGUCGAACAAGAAUGAUGGUUGUUUGCUCAUUUUCAACGACAGUCCUAGUUUGGGUGCUCCUGCAAUCCGAGAAAUCAUUGAGCAGUUGGAGAAGGAGAACAUCUCAUCUGCCAUAAUCGUAGUGAAGAACCGUAUUCCCAGCACGGCGAAGCACGCGUGCAAAAAGUUCGAGCCCAUUUUCCAUCUCGAUCUGUUCAAGGAAAGCAGUUUGCUGGUGGAUAUAACGGAGCAUUUCUUGGUUCCUCCGCAUAUUGCGUUGAGCGAGCAGGAGACGAAGGAGUUGUUGGAGCGCUUAAGCAUUCCCGCGGAUAAGCUUCCGAAAAUAAGUGUGGAUGAUCCGAUUUGCCAUUAUUACGGAUUUAAGCAAGGUCAGGUGAUCAAGAUUAUUCGGAACAGUUUGGUGGGAGGUCGUUCGGUUGCUUUUAGAGUUGUGAUGUAGCUGUUGGUUGUGUUGUUUUG